AAGGGCGAUGUUUAUGCCCAUCUGACGAAGGUGGGGAAGAAUCGCAUAUCUUUCCGCCCAAGAAAUCAAGCUCAAACCGGCGAAGACGAAGAGGGAGUAGGCGAUUUGAGGAAAUGGAUGUGAUAAAAUCGCAGCAGAUAUCGUCGAAGCCGAUCGAGAAGGUUGUGGUGCAUCCACUAGUGUUGCUGAGCAUCGUCGACCACUAUAAUCGGGUGGCGCGUGACACCAGGAAGCGCGUCGUCGGAGUUCUGCUCGGAACUUCCUUUAAAGGCACCGUUGAUGUUACCAACAGCUAUGCCGUGCCUUUUGAAGAAGAUGACCGGGACCCGAGCAUAUGGUUUCUUGACCAUAACUAUCACGAGUCAAUGUUUUCCAUGUUUAGAAGAAUAAAUGCUAAGGAGCAUGUUGUAGGUUGGUAUAGCACUGGACCAAAACUGAGGGAGAAUGACCUAAAUAUUCAUGGACUUUUCAACGAUUAUGUUCCGACUCCUGUACUUGUUAUCAUUGAUGUUCAACCAAAGGAGCUUGGAAUACCUACUAAAGCUUACUACGCCGUUGAGGAGGUUAAAGAGAAUGCAACUCAGAAAAGCCAGAAAGUUUUUGUUCAUGUUCCUUCGGAAAUUGCCGCUCAUGAAGUUGAAGAAAUUGGUGUCGAACACUUACUCAGAGAUGUGAAAGACACAACCAUCAGCACCCUUGCAACAGAGGUGACCGGAAAGCUUACUGCUUUGAAGGGAUUGGAUGCACGGUUAAAAGAGAUCCGAAGUUAUCUUGAUCUGGUUAUUGAGGGGAAGCUUCCCUUGAACCAUGAAAUUCUCUACCAUCUUCAGGAUGUGUUCAACCUAUUGCCGAAUCUGAAUGUGUCUGAAUUAGUUAAAGCUUUUGCGGUAAAAACGAAUGACAUGAUGCUGGUCAUAUACUUGUCGUCCUUGAUCCGGAGUGUGAUUGCUCUCCAUAAUUUGAUCAACAACAAGAUGCUGAACAAAGAACACGAAAAGGCAGAGGACUCAAAGCCCGUGUCGGUGCCAACUGCUGCCGGAAGUUAAAUUAGAGGUAUUAUAAAGUUAAAAAUCUUUUGCAGUAGAUCUCUAUGGGGUGAAUGCGACAUUUUGGCAAUGAUCGAGCACUCUUUCGGAACAUCACGUGAUAUUUCUUCGUUUAAUUCGACUAUGAAUUGUUAUUUAGCCUGGCUCACUGCAAUAUGAACUUACUUAUGGUGUUUUUUUUUAUUAUUGCUAUUUUUGUUAUUAUUUCUUUGUCAGAUUUCUAAUUUAAGUGUUUUUAUUGAGUGCUUAUAAUGCAGAUAUGUGCAAAAUCAUAUUCUUGUUUAUGCUUCCUUUUGGUCUUA